AUGGCAAGACCGACCGAUGAGGUCGAGAGUAUCGUACGGGAAGACGUGGAAAAGUUUGUCAAAUAUAGAGAUAGUGUCUGUGGAAACGUAGUGAACAAAGACGUGAAAAUGAACGGAGAGUUUAUGAUUGCAAAUGGAAAUUAUGGCGAAACCAAUGGAAAUGGAUAUGACAUGGAUGUGGAGGAAGAAGAAGCUCCUCAUAUCAAGUUCUAUACCUCUAGGAUCAGCCCGUGGUGUCGGGCCGUCAAGAUGUUGGCCACACAUCUCAAUAUACCAAUGCGUGAGAUCUAUAUCAGGCCUUUCAUCGACACCACAACCGAGGAAUAUAAAAAAAUAAACCCCUGCCAUACGGUUCCAGCCAUAGAUGACAAUGGAUUUCUACUGUGGGAAAGCCGUGCGAUAAUGCAAUACUUGUGCAAUAAAUACGCGCCCGACUCUACACUGUAUCCCAAAGACCCACAAUUGAGGGCAACUGUUGACAGGCUAUUGAAUUUCGAUCUGAAAACUUUAAGUCAUGCCGUUAUAUCUGCCCAUUUCGAGUUCACAUUACCCAACGAAUACAGCGCUUCCCGGAGCGACACAUUUGUAGAGCUGACCGAUUCGCUCACAUUCUUAGAGAUAUUUCUAAUCAAUAAGGAUUAUGUGGCCGGAGAUGUGCUCACAAUCGCCGACAUAUCAUUGCUGGCAAACGUCACUCAUUUGGAGAUUGCGGUCGAGUUUGACCUGAGCUCCUAUCCCAACAUCUGGGGCUGGUUUAACCGCUUGAGACGAGAAUUGACCUAUUACGAUCGACUCACCAAAGUUGCCCAUGAUGAGCACCGGGAGCUCAUUAAAAAUCUUAGGAACGCUCAUGAUGAGUGGACUGCCAUACAUUUUUGUGCAUUUUGCCCGGCCGAUGACAAUGAACAGCACACCACUGCACAACAUCCUAAAAGUGGUGGCGCACGUGAGUUAUUGCUGCCUCUUAUCACCAACAACUGGUCCCAGAGUACAGUGUAG